AUGUUGCAUAAUAUUGAUGGGACCAACAAUGGAGAUGAAGAAUCACAAGUACCAUGUUUCUUCAUAUUUGGUGAUUCUUUGGUCGAUAAUGGAAAUAACAAUCAAAUUGAAACAAUAAUUAAAGUGAAUAACAAGCCAUAUGGGAUUGACUUUCCCGGUGGUAUUUCAACUGGAAGGUUUUCUAAUGGUCGGAAUGUGGUUGAUAUAAUUGGUGAAGUUCUAGGGUUUAAAGAUUUCAUACCAUCAUUUGCCACUGCUAAUCAGGGAAAUGCCACACUUAUGACUAGAGGUGUAAACUAUGGAUCUGGUGGAUCAGGAAUUCGCAAUGAUACUGGAAAAAUUGUGGGUACUCUUUUAAAUCUAGAAGUACAAUUAGAUCAUCACCUAAUCACAGUGUCAAAAAUCAAAAGCAUACUUGGAAAUGAAACUGAAGCUCACUUAAACAAAUGCAUAUAUUUUGUUGCAGUGGGUGGUAGCGAUUACCUUACCAACUACUUCAUGCCUGAUGUUCAAAGUACAAGUCGUGAUUAUACACCCCAACAAUUUUCUCGAGUUCUUAUCGAAGAAUAUAAAAAUCAAAUUAUGAGAUUAUACAAUAAUGGUGCAAGAAAAAUUGCCCUAAAUGGAGUAGGAGCACUUGGGUGCACCCCAUUUGCUAUUUCCUCAUUGGCCAAAAGGAAAGGGUGCACUUGCUCAGAAAAAGUCAACGAAGCAGUUCAAUUUUUCAACCAUGAACUUAUAUUAUUAGUUGAACACCUCAAUAUCGAUUACCCGAAAGCCAAAUUCAUUUAUCUCAAUUACUUCGGAAUAGGUUCUAGCGAUCCUAUCAUUAAAGAAAUGAAAGUUCUGGAUAAAAGUUGCUGCCCAUUAAACGGUUUAGGUCUAUGUAAUACUGCAUCAAGUCCAUGUCCAGAUAGAAAAGCCUACUUAUUUUGGGACGCUUUCCAUCUAACAGAGGCUGCUAGUGAAUUAAUUGUAAAAAGAUAUUAUAACUCUCUUCUUCAGUCUGACAGUUAUCCAAUUGAUCUCAAACGACUUGCUGAGUUGAAACUCUAG